CUGGGUUCAUCAACCAGGGAGAGGUAUCAGCUCUCGCCAUCGAAAAGCAACAGAAGCAAGAUAUUUAACAAUGUCCCGGUUUUUUUGCCAAAUCGUUUUUGCGCCAAAUGUACCCUGCUAGCAGCGCGAGAGUCUCCUUUGUUGACACAGCGGGUCGGAGCGCGAGUCAAGCCACAGCUGUCAGAUAAGCGGAGUGUUUUUACUCAACAACAAAGACGAUAUUUCGCACGGUCAAACACUGCCUUUUGUAAAUACAGAUCAAAGUCCAGGAUUUGGAUAUGUGGGCUUGGUGUGGGGAUUGCUUUAACUGUCGGACUGAAAUACCGCACUGACACAGCCAACAGUUCCUGUGAUGAUAAAGUAAGAGAAGCGCAGAAGGCUGAUCGAUACAGCGAUGCCAUAAAAGUUAGCAGGGACCUUGUGGAGCGGAUAAAGGUAGGCAUAGAGGCUGAGGUCGGGGCUCCAGGGCUGGUGGUUGGGGUCUCCGUGGAUGGUGUACAAGUCUGGCGUGAAGGGAUUGGUUUUGCUGAUUUGGAGAAUCGUGUGCCAUGCAGCCCAGAAACAGUGAUGCGAAUCGCCAGCAUCAGUAAGCCCCUCACAUCUGCAGCUGCUGCACGACUGUGUGAGGAGGGGAAACUAAAUCUUGAUGUCCCAGUCCAGAAAUAUGUCCCAGAAUUUCCCCAGAAACAAUUUAAUGGACAGGAUGUCACAAUAACCCCUCGUAUGAUUCUGUCCCACCUAAGUGGUAUACGACAUUAUGAGAAGGAUGCAAAGAAAGUGAAGGAGGACAAGGAGAAAGCUAAGCGACUUUUAAAGCCACCCGUUAAAGAGAAAGAUGAUGAAAAGAGCUCAAACAAAGAUAAACCCUCAAUAGAACAGAACACCAAAGGCAAAGAAGCGACUCCGGCUCAGAAGAAAAAAGAGUUUGAGCAUGAGGAAUACUACUUGAAGGACAACUUUGAAAGUGUCACUCAGGCCUUGGACCUCUUCAAGGACGACCCACUGAUUUUCAAACCUGGCACCACUUUUCUGUACUCCACCCACGCCUUUACCCUGCUUAGUGCUGUCCUGGAGCAAGCUGCUGGGCAGAACUUCCUGGAUCUCAUGAUGAACAUGUUCCGUGAGCUGGGAAUGCUCAAUACUGUGCCAGAUGAGAAUAGCCCAAUUAUUUACCACCGCUCCAGAUUUUAUCAUCUCAACAAGAGAGGACGUGUUGUGAACUGCCCAUAUGUAGACAACUCCUACAAGUGGGCAGGAGGCGGCUUCCUUUCCACUGUGGGUGACCUGCUGCUGUUCGGUAACGCCCUGCUCUACAGCUACCAGGUGGCCCACCUAAGGGACACUAAGGGCUUGCUCCCUGGCUUCCUCAAACCCAAAACUGCUGUAGAUCUGUGGGCACCAGUUGACAGGACAGAGGCCAGCUGGGACAAGGAUGGACUGUAUGCCCAAGGCUGGCUGGUAGUGGAGCAACUACAGAAAUAUGGCCAGUGCAGGAAGCGCAGGCACUAUGUGUCACACACAGGAGGCGCUGUGGGGGCUAGCAGUGUCCUCUUGGUGUUACCCUGUGAUAAGUUUGACCAGCACCAAGGACAGACCCCCCUCCUCCCACAGGGGGUGGUGGUCACCAUCAUUACUAACAUGCAGUCUGUGGGACUCAACAGCACAGCACUGAAAAUUGCGAAUGAGUUUGAUAAAGCCAGAAGCCUGUAAGAACAGAUUGUUUCCAGAUAUGUGUGACUUCAGAUUUUUAGUGAAACUACACCUUGUGAUGUAAUUGUGAUAAAGCUUUUAAAUUCCAGAGGAUGUUUUAGUAAAUGGCAUAAAUCUUUAAGAUGUAUUUUCUAUGUGUUAUGAAAUUUGCAAACUCAACUUACUUUCCAUUACAACACUUGGCAGGGAAGCCAUAUGGCCACUAGGUGGAAGCAAAUUACUGCAUUUCUAAUACAGAAAGAAGGCCACUGGCUUGUUGACUCAAUAAAGAGGCUCAUGCAUUUAUAUCUUUUUAUAACUAAAAGCUAACACAAGAACAUUUUAAGAUAUAUAUUUCUGCAUUUGAGAGAAAUAAAACAUUUCAUACACAAUGGAAAGAGGUCGGUUGCUAUUUAAAGCAGGAUGGUACACCUCCAAAGUUUCUUUGUCACAUAUAGUGACUUUAAAGGCCCACCUUGCACAGAUAUUUCCUCGUAGCAACAUGACAGGCAUUGGGAAAAAACCUGUGGUGUGUUUACCUAAUAGUGUCCCUAUAUCGAUAAUCAAUAGGUUGACAUUUUCACUUUUGACUUUUGAGAUCACUUUUAUAUAAUGCCAGUAAAUCCUGACUUAAUAAAACAAGAACAAUUCCA